ACUAAACAACCCCUCAUUUCUUUCUUUCUUUUCUCUUUCUUUCUUUUUCCAUAUUUAAAAAUGACCGUGUCGCCACCUCGAUCACCAAGUAAUGUACGCUCACCGAUUUCUCGUCCAAAUAGUUCUAUUGGAGACAACAUUUCAAAGAAACUAGAACAAAAACUAGACACUCGUUGUAUUCAUACCAUUACACAGGAAGAUAAGAAUUCCGUGUUAUCUUUGGCCACAAGCGAAAAAUAUGUAUUUUCUGGCAGUCAAGGAUCAAAGAUUCAUGUGUGGGAUUUAGCUACAUUUCAACUUGUCACUGUAUUUGAAGGCCAUUGUGGAAGCGUGUUGGGUCUGACAUUAUCGGACGAUCAACAAUGGUUAUUUAGUUGUUCAGGUGAUGGUACGGUACGAGUAUGGGACAUUGGUCGUCUCAAAUGCUCACACAUUAUACGAUCUUGCCACGACGUGGGAGACAUUUUUUCGAUCGUUUACACGGAAAAAUCACACUUGUUGUUCUUUGGUUGUCAAAACACCAGUAUUCAAUGGUACGAUUUUGACCAUCAACAGCAGGACGGUCAUUCCGUUGCUAUCACGCAGGAAUCAAGCCAUACGCAAAAGACGCAAUUCUUUAAACUGUUUCAUGAUUUAGGCUUGGACGCUAAACAGCAUCAUGACUACCUGUUUAAAGAGGAAGACGAUUUGGUCCAAUGUGUCAUAAAGACAAACCAGGUCCGUUCAAACGCACAUGACGGUUACGUCUAUUGUAUGGCCAGUUCGAAUAAUAUACCCAAUGUCGAAGGCGAGGUCCUAAUCACUGGCUCGGGUGAUGGCAAUAUAAAGAUUUGGACGAUUCAAAACAAAACCGUAACACAUUAUCAAACACUGACAGGUGGUGACCCAGACAGAGGCAUUUUAAGCCUAACCAUUUCAGAUGAUGGUUAUUUAUUCUGUGGUGUACAAGGUGGACAUGUUCAGAUUUGGGACCUUGAAACGUAUCAAUUAAUACGAUCUGUGGUUGCCCACUCGGAUGAUGUGCUGUCAGUUAUGGCUCAUGAUUCUGGAUUUAUCAGUGCAUCCGCUGAUGGGAUCAUCAAGUUUUGGAACGACUGUUUUGACCUUACAGAAUUAGUAGAUGAUCACAGCGGCAUUAUUCUAUCGAUGGCCAAGUCCAACGACUAUCUUAUCACUGGAAGCAGUGACCACUCUAUCAAGAUCUGGGAUGUACCGUCAUCCAAAGUUGUUUCGAGUCCGGAACAGUUUCGAAGAAACAAUAACGGGAAAGAUGACUGCUCGUCGUGUGAUUUACUCUUGUAUGUUUUGGAGAAAUGGGUGGCGAUACGUACUGUCAGUGGCAAUCCACAGUAUCUAGAAGAAUGUCGAAGAGGUGCCCGGUUUUUCAAAAAUAUCUUGCAGCAAUUAGGUGCCAAAAGCCAGUUGAUUCCUGGUGCGACAGGAAGAAACCCAUUGAUUUAUGCGAAAUUCUCUGCCAAUUCAACUCAAUUUCGAAAUAAAUCAAAGGACCAACAAGUACCGACCGUUUUAUUUUAUGGCCAUUAUGAUGUGAUUGCCGCCGAAAAUGAAAAGAAUGAAUGGCUUCAAGAUCCAUUCAAGUUAUCGGGGUUGAAUGGAUACCUUUAUGGCAGAGGCACCAGUGACAACAAAGGUCCGAUACUUGCUUCAGUGUUUGCCGUACAUGAGCUGUUAAAAGAAGGCCUUUUAAAUGUAAAUGUUAUUUUUCUUAUCGAAGGCGAAGAAGAAUCUGGAAGUCAUGGGUUUCUGGAGGCACUCGCUAAACAUCAGAACCUGUUUGAGAACAUUGACUUGAUUAUACUAAGUAACUCGUAUUGGCUCGGAGAAGAUGUUCCUUGUAUAACCUAUGGACUACGGGGUGUUAUACAUGCUAGUGUCACGGUAACAAGCCCUUUAGCUGAUUUACAUUCAGGUGUAGAAGGAGGGGCUGUAUCAGAGCCUUUGAUUGAUUUGAUCCAUGUUUUAGGAAAACUGGUGGAUGAUGAUAAAAAAGUUUUAAUUCCAGAGUUUUAUGAUGACGUGUUACCUGUAUCUGAAGCAGAAGAAAAAUUGUAUGACCCCAUCAUAUCAUGGCUUAAAUCAUCCAAAUCUCAACCGAUGUCCAAAAGUAGAUCCCAACAUUCGUGCAUCACAACUCCGUCCAUGUCGUCCGAAGCAAAUUCAAGAUACGAAGGCAGUAAUAGUGGUGGCAGCGACGAUGAGUCCGUCAGUAGUAGUGGCAAUAAUGAUCAGACCUGCGAGCAGAUUAAAAACCAAUUGAUGUCAAGAUGGCGUUAUCCUACGUUAACUGUGCACAAGAUUGACGUGCCUAUCAUUAACCCUACCAUCAUAUCGCAUUAUGCAACUUCUGCCGUGAGUAUGCGUAUUGUGCCAAACCAAGGUAUUACCGAGAUUUGUGAUGCGUUCAAGAUGUACGUGCGUAAGAUAUUCGAGCGAUUGAAGUCCGACAACCGAAUUUCUAUUAAAAUCCAGAGCUCAGCAGAUUAUUGGUUAGGUAAUCCCGAUAGUAAAUACUUCAAAGCGGCUGAAUUAGCGAUUGAAGAGGAAUGGAAGGUAAAGCCAUUGUAUAUAAGAGAAGGAGGAUCUAUUCCAGCCGUUCGAUGGUUAGAGAAAUUCUGUGAGGCACCUGCCAUUCAUAUACCGUUUGGACAAUCCUCUGACCAAGCGCAUUUGCCCAAUGAGCGUAUUCGGUUACGAAAUCUACACGCUGGAAGAAGAAUCAUUAAAACCUUGCUCAAAAAUAUACAAUAA